AUGAAGAUGACUUUAAAGAAGGAAGUCUACAAGGAAUUCAUGGAGGAUUCCAUUAUGCCCUUCAUGUCGAGGGAAGAGAACUUUAUUGAGAAGGAAUUGAUUGGUGAAAUCAUAUUGGAUGGUGAUUUGCUCACAGGAGUGGACCCAGAUGAACUGUGGGAUGAUACAUAUAUUCCAUGUAAAAAUGAAUACAAACGAAGCGAUGAGAAUCUUCGUAAUGAAAAGAUUGAUCACGAUGAAUCUGAUGCUUUACUUGAAGAAGCGGAAGAAUUUAUUGAAAACUAUGAUGAUGAGCACACCAAAAAUGUUGAACAACAGACAGAAGACAGGAGUGUUGCAAGUAUUUAUGAACGAUUGAGACAGAGAAAUGAUGAUGAUAAUUCCGAUGAAGAUCCCAAUCCAAAUGAAAAAUAUCAGAAUGGUGAAGUUUUAAAUGAAAAGAUUCAAGAAAUUGAAGAAGAUAUACAAAAACACAAGGAAGAUGUCAAAUCACUUGACGAUGAAGAACAAAUCGAGGAAACACACAAAACAUAUGAGGAAAAUGACGAUUUGAUUGAUCGAAUUCAAGAUGAAAUCAAGGAAUGUGAAAAUCAAGUCAAUGAUGUUCACGAAUUUGUGGCAAAUUUGGAUGAUAAUAAGAAUGAAAAUGAUGAAUCUGACGAUAAUUAUGACGAAUCAAGUCACGAUGAUAAUUAUGAAAAUGAUGAAGUGAAUAAAGAGGACAUAUUCAGUCCAAGGAAAACCAGGAGUGGUAAAUCUUAUGUUCAAGAUGGAAUGAAAAUGAGACCAACCAAACGUAAUAAUUGGGAUCGACCAAGGUAUAAUCAACAAUACCUGAAUCAAAAGAACCAAAGUGCAAUUUGUUAA